UUUAUUUUGAAACGAAAACAAAAGUACAUAGUACCAUAUUUCAUCCAUUAAGAAGGGGAAUCAUUUUGUGUGCUCUUACUGCCUGUUGUAUAUAUGCAUGAUUUCUGCAACUUUGUGCUGAGAGCUUUUGCAUACAGUGAGUAGUGAACCAGAGGAAGAAGGGAAGCAACAUAAUGGAGGUUGAUGAGCAAGGUUUCUUAGAGGAAUUACUGAGCUUAAGGAGAGAAAGUUGGGAAACCUUUCCUCCACAAAUGAAUGCCACUACUGAUGAUGAAAUGAUGAUGCUGUCCAAUGGAUGGAGUACUUUCAAUUGCUUCAACGAGAUGAUGAUUACUAAUAACCCGCAAAGUUUGCAUUGUUUCCCACCGAGUCCGUCAUUGUUCGGAGAAAUGUCUUCGACAAAGUCACAACUCGAUCUUGUUUCUUCAUUCAAUGAAAUGAGUGUCCCAUUUGGAGAAGAUCUUAGCUUUAUAUUGCCAGAGAUAGACAACUUCACUUUUGAGCAAAAGCAAGAUGCAGUACCAACUCCAUGGUUCAUAGAGCAACAGGAUGAUCAAAUAGUUUUACCUAGUCCUUUAUUAUGCAAUGAUCAUCAACCUCAAAAGCUAAUCGAAGAUGAGAACAAUGACACAAAUCUUAAACUUGAGCAAGUUCAUCAAGCUAGUGCUAGUGAGAUUCAAGUAUUUGAAACGGGUUUAGAGAGAAAGACGACUAAGGUGAAGAAAGUUGAAGGACAACCAUCAAAGAAUCUAAUGGCGGAAAGACGGCGAAGAAAACGACUAAAUGACCGCCUUUCGAUGCUCCGUUCCGUUGUUCCUAAGAUUAGCAAGAUGGACAGAACAUCUAUACUUGGAGAUACUAUUGAUUACAUGAAAGAAUUACUUGAUAGAAUCAAAACAUUGAGAGGAGAAAUCGCUGAAAUGGGUGGUUCAACAAACAAUUCAAUGGAUAUCUUUAAGGACAUCAAGUCAAAGGAGAUUCUCAUAAGAAAUACUCCCAAGUUUGAAGUAGAUAGGAGGGAAAUGGAUACUCGAGUCGAGAUUUCAUGUGCAGGGAAACCAGGGUUGUUACUGUCGACCAUGACUGCCAUUGAAGCAUUAGGACUUGAGAUUCAACAGUGUGUUAUAAGCUGUUUCAGUGAUUUUGCAAUGCAAGCUUCAUGUUCAGAGGAAUUGGAGCAAACAAAAAUAAUAAGCUCUGAUGAAAUAAAACAAGCAUUAUUCAUUAGUGCAGGUUAUGGAGGAAGAUUUCUUUAGAGACACACCAACAGAUGUAGUAGUACGACUCGAUUUCUCCGGUUGCGUUUGUUUUUUGCUGAGUUUUUGCACAUAGUUGCAUCUGAAUUUGACUCGAUCUGAGUGUGACCCAUAAUUAGACUCAUUUUAACUCGGCCAUAUGGGGAAAAAAAAUUUAUCAUGUAUAUCAUAUCGUUUUUGUUAAAUUAGAUGAAUUUUGACAAACUGAGGGUUCUCCAACCUAACUUAUACAUCUCGGAGUUUUGAGUCUAAUUUCAUGUCGACUUAGACCUGAGUCAAAUUUUGAUGCCGAGUCAGUAAAAAACAAACGCGGCUUCUAAGUGUAUUAUUUUAUUUUUCCCUGUAAUAGUUUCCAAUUUUUACUAAUAAGUGAAUGUAAUCCCGACGAGGGGCAUCACAUUUUUUUUCCUAGGAUAAUAAUUUGAUGUUCUAUAUAAGGAGAGAUUGUUUUACAGUACCCUGCUCUUUGCUGUUUUUAGA